GGGAAAUGGGCAGUGGAUGGAAUCACAGACCAGUAGACUUGCAAUAUAUAUUGAAAAGAAGCAAAAGUGACUGGUCGUGUGGGUGGAAGGAGAAACGGGCUGCGCAUAACAUAUGAAUGCGUUCGUGUCAUAUUGUGUGAAGUUCUGGACGGUCAGCUUUACAAGCAGCUAAAAGACGUGGAUUAUCUUUAAAUCCAGCUGUGUCUAACUGCCCAUUUCACUGCACAACCAGAAUGAGGACUGUUCUGCUCUCUCUUGUUUUCCUGCUGUGCGGCUGUGUACAUUCUGCUGAGAACAAGCAACACAUACAUUUGUCUGGGAGACACACACGCACUUCAGUCAAGCCCCAACAGCCAGGCAGCCCCUGUAAGGGGAAGGCACUGGAUUUCAUCUUUGUGAUUGACAGUUCCCGCAGUGUCCGGCCCCAUGACUAUGAGAAGGUGAAGCUCUUCAUCAGGGACAUGGUACAGUUCCUGGACGUAGGGGAGAACCGGACACGCGUGGGUCUGCUGCAGUAUGGUAGCCUGGUGCAGAACGAGUUCUUCCUGAACGCAUUUUACAGUAAGGAGGCUGUGCAGGAGGCGGUUGGCCAGAUGGAGCACCUGGCGUCGGGCACCAUGACGGGUCUGGCCCUACAGUUCCUCCGUGAGGAGGCUUUCUCAGCGGCUCACGGAGCGCGCUCAGUGGAGCUGGGGGUGCCACGUGUGGCCAUGGUGGUGACGGAUGGCCGGCCACAGGACAGCGUGGAGGAGGAGGCGGAGCUCACGCGGCAGGCCGGGAUCGAGGUGUUCGCCGUGGGAGUGGGCCGAGUUGACAUGGCAACCCUGAGAGCUAUUGGGAGUGAACCGCAUUCUGAGCACGUGUUCCUUGUGGCUAAUUUCAGUCAGAUUGACACGCUUAUCGCUCUGUUUAACUCCACACUGUGUACAGAUGUUGACCAGUGUUUGGUGGUGGAUCAUCAGUGUGAGCAUGUGUGUGUAAGCACUCGUGUGUCAUAUGCCUGCCACUGCCCUAGUGGUUUUAUCUUGCAGCCUGAUGGGAAGUCCUGCCGUGCUGAAGACCCAUGCGCCCUGAUGGAUCACAACUGCCAUCACAACUGUCUUAAUGUGGGAGAGUCGUAUGAAUGUCGAUGCAGACCAGGCUUUGAGCUAGAGGAGGAUGGAAAGACCUGUCACAAGAUCGAUUUUUGUGAUCUGGGGGAUCAUGGCUGUGAACACGACUGUGUGAGCACCCCAGAUUCUUACAUGUGCAGAUGCAAGGAAGGAUUCAUACUCCGCACAGAUGCCAAGAGCUGCAGCAAGAUGGACUUCUGUGCAGUAAGAGACCAUGGUUGUGAACACAAGUGUGUGAACACUGAAGACUCGUUCGUGUGUCGCUGCAGAAGAGGCUUCACCUUGAGACCAGAUGGUAAAACAUGCAAGAGAGUGGAUCUCUGCGCAGUGGGAGACCAUGGCUGUGAACACGAGUGUGUGAACACUGAAGACUCGUUCAUGUGUCGCUGUAGAAGAGGCUUCACCUUGAAGCCAGAUGGUAAAACUUGUCAGAGUAUGGAUAUAUGCCAGACCGUGGAUCAUGGCUGUGAUCAUCAGUGUAUCAGUGAGCCUGGCUCAUAUGUGUGGUGUGUCGAUGGCUACACUCUCGCAGACGAUGGCAAGACCUGCAAAAAGCCUAACUGUGUAGGCGGGGCUAUGGAUCUAAUGUUUGUGAUUGAUGGCUCCAGAAGCGUGGGUGUGGAUAACUUUGAGUUGGUGAAGCAGUUUGUGAUCAGCCUGGUAGGGGCAAUCCCAAGGAGUACGCGAGCUGGGCUCCUGCAGUUCUCCACUACCGUGCAAAGUGAGUUCACCCUGGGCCAGCACAGCAGUCUGAGUGAGGUGCAGAGGGCUGUAGCAGCCACCCGCUACAUGGGGCGAGGCUCCAGGACUGGUUCCGCCCUGCAGCACCUGGUCCAGCACAGCUUCCACCAGAGCCGGAUAGGGGUCUCCCGCACUGCAGUGUUCCUCACAGAUGGACGCUCACAGGAUGAUGUUUCUAAAUGGGCCUCCCUGGCCAAAUCAACUGGCAUACGUAUCUAUGCUGUAGGUGUGGCGAAGGCAUUGGAAGAGGAGCUCAGAAUAAUGGCCUCACCGCCAGAGGAAAAGCACCUGUACUAUGCACAGGACUUCCAACACAUGGAGCAGAUUGCUGAGAAACUGAAGAGCCAGUUUGAGUCAUGCGAAGUAGAGCCACCUGGGGACCAGUGUAGCUGUGAGAUGUUGAAAUCAUUCCAGAGUCACACAUCUGAAGCUCUGAAGAAAAACAUAUCCUCAAUUUCACAUACACCAACACUAGAAGCUGUGGAAAAGAGGAUUGAAGUACUAGAAACCCAAAAGCGCAAGUGA